CGUUGUUAUUAGUUACGCAAGGGUUUAAGAAACAGUUGCAUAAUCUUAGAAUUUGAAUGUUAAUUACUUUUUUCCUCAUUAAUUUAUAAGUGCAGUUAUUUAAAUUAAAUUAUCUACUCUUGUUUUCUUUUUUGGUUUGAAACUAAAUGUUUCCUUUGUUAGAUAAUCAUGACUAAUCGUGAAAAGGAAGAGUUGAAAUCGGGCCUUAUUAAGGCAAACCUACCUCCUGCCGUUUAUGCUACCAAUCAAAUGGGAAAUCAGAAAAGGUUUAUGUGUCGGAUUACGGUUAAAAAUCUUGAUUACGUUGGUAUUGGUACAGCCAGUAAUAAAGAACAAGCAGAGAGUACUGCUGCUCGAGAUCUCAUUGCUCAUUUGCGAUAUAAAGGCUUAAUCGAUCAAGACACUUUGUCUUGCGGCCCACCAGUUAUUCAACUUGACUCUAUGCCACCUUUAGAGGCACAUAACACAAACAUACCAGUUAUAUCGAAAAAUAAUACAAGUUUGCCUCCUGUAUCAACACAAAGCACAAAUAUACCACUUGUAUUGACACAUAAUACAAGUAUGGCACCUGAUUCUUCAACACUACACGACCCUACACUUGACUGUAAUGAAAAUGAGACGUUUUGGUUCGACCGUAUCCCGGAAGAAGCGAAUUUGGCUCAAAAAAGAAAAAAGAUAAUUGAAUUGGAUAACAGCUCGGAAAGUUUAGAAGGCUGGACAUUGGAUAAUUGCAAACAUGAUCUUGGUAACUUUGCUAUAGCUAACGGAAUAAAACUCAAUUACAACUAUCAAAGUAUGAAAACUAAAAGUGGAUGGUAUUGCAUUUUGUCAUUUUUUGUAAAGCAGCUGGGGCAUGAAUUAAAAGCCCAAGCAUUUGCUCAGAAUAAAAAAAUGGCAUCAAAAUCUUGUGCAUUUCAACUGAUUACUAAACUGUAUCAUCAUGGACUGAUUAAGCCGAGCAAUUAUACCAUAAAAGACAAACAGGCUAAGGAUAAGGUGACGAAAUACUUAAACGCACCUGUUGCUACCUUGCCACCUCCUAAAUGGCAAAGUACACAAAGUGCAUCAUUUGAUAAAGAAAAAAUAGAAAGUAAAAAGCACAUCGGCUGGUGUCCUCCUACUCCGAUUUGGGACGCUUGGUUAGGUCGUGAAACCACUGGUUUACUUUGUAAAAUGAGUUUACAGCAGAUUAGUAUUGGAUUGAGUAUCUGUAAUUCUGUUCUCAACUCUCCGAUGAAAAUGAGAAUAACUUACGAGCAAUCUAUUCUACCAGUCUGGAAUUAUCGCUCAGCAAUUUUAAGCGCAAUAAGCAACAACCCUGUUGUUUUUAUCUGUGGAUCAAUUGCUUGUGGUAAAACUACUCAAGUGCCUCAAUUCAUUUUGGAUGACUUCAUCGCUCAAGGUAAUGGAGCUCUGUGUAAUAUACUUAUGACUCAACAAAGACAUUCAAGUGCUAUUUCUGUUGCUGAGCGAAUAGCAUAUGAAAGAUGUGAGCAUUUCAAAGAAAAUUCUAGUGUUGGUUAUAAUAUUGGUCGUAGGCGCAUGACUCCACGUCCAUUUGGUGCCAUUUUAUUUUGUACUAUUGACAUUUUGUUGAAAAAAAUGGAAGACGGAUUACGUGGUAUAUCUCACAUUAUUAUUGAUGAACUCCACGAACCCAAUUCUAACAAAGAUUUUCUUUUGACUGUUCUCCGUGGCAUGAUACAAGAUCAUCCAAAACUGAGAGUUAUAUUCAUGGGAACUUCAUUUGGUAUAACGGCUCAAAGACGUUUCCCAGACAGUCCUAUUAUUAAGAUAACCUGUUGAAUCUCUAUCUCAAGAAUUCUGCAUUUUUUUGCAUUUUGUAAAAGUUUAAAGUUGAUCAAUUGCCAUAUCUUAUAAAAAAUUUCAUUAUUUUAUAUACAGCAGUAAUCAGAGUUAAGUUAACAAAAUUGACUAUGACAAUAUCUGAAAUUCAAUCUAAGUCUGACUCCUUUUGUUGUUGCAACUCUGAUUACUAUUAUAUUAAUAUUUUCAUUUUUAUUAAUCUUAAAUUGUUUGACCUACUCUAACUAUUCCAAAACAUGAUAGAGUACUCAAAUCAGACGUACCUCAUUUUGAAAACUUUGAACAAUCAUAUUUUGUCAAUAAAAUUUGAUAUCAAAUAUAUUUGAUUAUCAUAAUUUAAAUUU